AUGGGACUCCCACGACUACCGCUCAGGCUGGCGAACGCCCUAUUUGCCACCCUAGUUCUGCAGCCUUCGCUCACAUCGGCCGGACCCUCGAUCGAUGUGUCUAUGAUCGCAGCCUUCCCCUCGCCACCGUACCUGACGGAGCUCUUAGAAACUGCAGCACAAGAAAAUGCAACCAGCUACUUCCCCAUCCUGGAUCGCAUCGCCGACGGAUACUUCGGCGGCGCUGCGACUGACCAUGACCUAUACGAGAAGUUUCUGGCUCUUCUCACGGAGGACGGCCACAUUUCUGACGGCGAGGCACUGUCCACCUUUAAACUGGCGCUAUCGCUGCGGUCUGCCGCGCCCCGUAUCGAGGCACACUUCCAGUUCUACAACACUGCCGUCAAGGGAUCCGUAGACGGCGACCAUACUGGAUGUGACCAGUGGAUCCUGUACGAUGGUGCUCAGCACUGUUCACCAUCGCUGGACAAAGAGGACAGCAAGAUCGCCAGCCAUAAGACGCAAGUGCGGGAGCUUCCUUUUGACGUCAAGCAGGGCCACGGGCCCGAUGCUAUUCUCUACGCCGACAUCACAUCACCUGAGUUUGGCCCAUUCCACAAGCUUCUCAGUGAAAAGUCUCGCGCCGGAGAGGUUACCUACCGUCUCAGACACGUGCGGGCUGCGGCAGAAACAACAGCAGACGAGCGCCUACCUGUGAACGGUUACGGCGUCGAGCUGGCUCUGAAGAGGACCGACUACAUUGUCAUCGACGACCGCGAGGCCGACGAAACCAAUCCAGACGCGAAAAAAAAGCCUCCAGUGGCAGCCGAGGUCCUCCUGGAUGGCGAGGCAGAGGUGACUGACCUCAAGGCGCUUUCCAAAUCCGAGCUUGCUGAGUUGGGCCUCAAGACCGCCGACUACAUCAUUCACAGCGAGAACCCUUUCGACUCUCUCCUCAAGAUCACGCAGGACUUCCCCAAGUACUCCAGCUCCAUUGCCGCACACAACUUUUCAAAGGAGUUUGUCGAAGAACACCGCGGCAAUCGCGCGGUCUUAGUGCCUGCUGGUGCUAACGUGCUCUGGAUGAAUGGUGUGCAGAUGAUUGAGCGCCAAAUCCAACCCCUCGCCCUGGUGGACACCGUCCGUCGUGAGAGGACAAUGAUCAACGGCGUCCGCGAGUUGGGCCUGACGGGCAAGGAGAUCGUGGAUGUGAUUGGCCACGAGGCAGUUGCUGCAUCCAGAGCAGAAGCCGUGCCCCCGCGGUUUGACUAUCGAGACGAGAUCGAGGAUGGUCGCGUCAUCAUCUGGCUGAACAACCUCGAGAAGGACUCCCGAUACAGCGACUUUCCCAAAGGCUUGCGGCGGUUACUACAAGGCGGCAUGCCUGGUCAAUUGCCGCAGGUUGCCCGCGACAUCUUCAACCAGGUCUACGCUGUGGACUUUUCCGACCUUGAAGACGUGCGCUUGGUCGUGGAACAGAUACUUGAGUUUGUUCGUCGCCGUCUGCCCAUCCGCUUUGGUCUGGUCCCGCUCGUUUCCACCCCAGCGUCAGUCAAGCAGGCCAAGGUGGUUUACCAUAUGCUUGAGACAUAUGGCCUGGGCUCUCUCUCGGCAUACCUGACCCAGUCCCUCGCCGACAAGAAAGCUUCCUCGCCAGAUGCAAAGGCUUUCAAAGUGGCCGUCAAGGACCGUGAGCUGCGUGAAGACGCGACAGCCUUGGCCUUUGCAGACAUAUUCAGACACGAGGAGUAUGACAAGCAGAUCGAGCUUGCACGCCAUUGGGCGCAUCGUCUCGGCGCGAACUCGGAGGUUCCACCCAUUUUUGUUGACGGUGUUGUGAUUCCUCGUGACGAAAACUGGGUCGCCACUAUGAGCACCAAGAUUAGCAGUCAUCUACGCAGUGUGCAGGAAGCCGUCUACUUCGGAAAGGUCGAGGAGGAUGCGUGGGUUGCGGGUUAUUUCCUUGAGGGCGCGCUGACGCGGCGCAAUGCCUACAUCUUCCCCGAAAAUGAGAAGAGCCUGCAAGUGGUCAAUGUACACAAGCUACAUACAGACCAUGCCGAUCUUUUUGAGGAGAUUCCCGUCAUUGAAGCAAGCGAAGAGUCGACCAAGGAGACGUGGGCCGUGCUCACUGCUGUCCUCGACCUGGACACCGAAGACGGCACCAAGCUUCUCUACUCGGCCCUACAGUUCCGCGUAAAUAACCCAGGCAUCCGUCUGGACAUUGUCUAUAACCCGGCGAAGACGGGCAGCAGCCACGACCUCAACUCGGUCCUGAAGAGCAACCUCGACAAGGCUACGGAUACUGCGUCUUGGAAAGAUCUCAAGACUCUAUUGGCCACGGAAGAACCGGCAACGGCAGAGUACGUGGCCGCCCUCGAGCGCUUCCGCGAAACGGCCGCGGUCCACUCCGGCACCAAUGUUCUGAUCCUGAACGGCCGCGUGCUCGGUCCCAUUGCGAAUGCCGAUGCCUUUGGUGAAGAAGACUUGCUUACGUUCCUCGAGUUCGAACAGGCCGAGCGCAUUCUACCCGUCUACAUGGCGGUGGAGGAUCUGAACCUUACGGCCAAGGUUUCGUCGCCGCUGGCGGCCGCCAAGCUGACUUCGGUUACCGCUCUGUCCACGAUCUCUGAUCUUCCCGAAGGUAUCUUCGAGUCCGCCCCUACGCUCCGUAUCUCCUCGUUUAACCUUUGGAACACGACCCACACGUCAUUCGAGGUCGGCGAUGCCUCCACGGCCACGAUCCACUUCAACGCGGUUCUGGACCCGGCCAGCGAAAUCGGCCAACGGUGGGGUCCCAUUCUCAAAGUGCUUUCCAGUCUCGAAGGCGUCUACAUGCGCGUCUUCUUAAAUCCCCGUGAAUGGCUUGACGAGCUUCCCGUAAAGCGGUUUUAUCGCUCUGUCCUUGAACCCGCGCCCUUGUUCGACGACGCGGGCAAAGUCAAGGGGCUCGGUGCAAAAUUCAACGGUCUCCCAUCUGAGGCCCUCCUGAAUCUGGGUAUGGAGGUUCCGCCCGCUUGGCUGGUCGCGCCCAAGGUAUCGGUGCACGACCUCGACAACAUCAAGCUGAGCUCCGUCAAGUCCGACGUGGAGGCAACCUAUGAGUUAGAGCACAUCCUGAUCGAGGGCCACUCGCAAGAACGCAGUGGGCAGGCACCGCGUGGCGCCCAGCUGAUUCUGGGCACCGAAAAGGAUGAGCAUUUUGCCGACACCAUCAUCAUGGCCAACCUAGGCUACUUCCAGUUCAAGGCCAAUCCGGGCUACUACAACAUUAAGAUCAAGGAGGGCCGCAGCUCGGACAUCUACUCCAUUGAGAGUGUCGGCUCCAAGGGCGUUGUCCCCACGCCGGGUGACGAGGGCACUGACGUCGCGCUCAUGAACUUCCAGGGCACCACACUCUACCCGCGCUUGGUCCGCAAGCCCGGCAUGGAGAAGGAAGAAAUCCUUAACGAAGAGGGUGCACCGUCGGCCCAGGGCGGUGCCAUGGAGUACGUGGCCAAGGGCCUCAAGUUCGCCGAGGGCAUCCUAGGCAAGGGCAAGGACGGUGACAAGGCUGUGGCCGCUUCAGAGGCGCAGGCCGACAUCAACAUUUUCUCCGUCGCCAGCGGCCACCUCUACGAGCGCAUGCUGAACAUUAUGAUGGUCAGCGUAAUGCGCCACACGAACCACACCGUCAAGUUCUGGUUCAUCGAGCAGUUCUUAUCGCCGUCUUUCAAGGACUUUAUCCCGACGCUGGCCGAGGCCUAUGGCUUCCAGUACGAAAUGGUCACCUACAAUUGGCCGCACUGGCUGCGCCAGCAAAAGGAGAAGCAGCGCGAGAUCUGGGGCUACAAGAUCCUCUUCUUGGACGUGCUCUUCCCGCUGUCGCUCGACAAGGUCAUCUUUGUUGACGCCGACCAGAUCGUGCGCACUGACAUGUACGACCUCGUCCAGCUCGACCUGCAGGGCGCGCCCUACGGCUUCACGCCCAUGUGUGACUCGCGCACCGAGAUGGAGGGCUUUCGCUUCUGGAAACAGGGCUACUGGAACAACUACCUGCGAGGCCAGCCGUACCACAUCUCGGCCCUUUAUGUCGUCGACCUGCGGCGGUUCCGCGAACUGGCCGCCGGCGACCGCCUGCGCCAGACGUACCACACGCUCUCCGCGGACCCUCACAGCCUGGCCAACCUGGACCAGGACUUGCCCAAUCACAUGCAGUUCAACAUUCCCAUUUUCAGCCUGCCCCAGGACUGGCUGUGGUGCGAGACGUGGUGCAGCGACGAGGCGCUUAAGACGGCCAAGACUAUUGACCUGUGCAACAACCCGCAGACCAAAGAGCCCAAGCUGGAUCGUGCCCGUCGGCAGGUCCCUGAGUGGACCGUCUACGACGAUGAGAUUGCCGCGCUCGACAAGCGCCGUCGCCAGGGCGGAUCGCCUGCUUCGGACACGGCACCACCUCCAGUUCGUGUGGGCGGUGAUGGUGUGGCGAGCCAGCAAAAGCCACUCGGUGACGGUAGGGAGGAAGCGAAGGAAGAGCCCAAGGCGCAUGAUCGUGAUGAGUUGUAA